AUGAACGAUUUCCCCAAUUCAGACAAGACCGAUGUCCAGUACAAGGUUCUCUUCCUUGGACGGCACGGCGAAGGUGUCCAUAACGUCGCCGAGAGACGCUACGGUACUCAAGCAUGGGAUGACUACUGGUCCCUCUUGGACGGAGACGAGUACGGCUCAUGGGUAGAUGCCCGCCUAACAGAAGUGGGCAUCUCCCAAGCCAAGACUGCGCACGACGCGUGGGCAAAGCAGAUCAAGCAGAAUAUUCCCUCACCACAGUCGUACUAUGUCAGCCCGUUGAAUCGAUGCUGUCAGACGGCACAAGUUACCUUCGAGGGACUUGACAUGCCUCUCACAAGUCCCUUCAGACCGGUCAUCAAGGAGCUCCUACGUGAAACAAUGGGCGUACACACCUGUGAUAGUCGAUCCAAGGCAUCUGCAAUCGCAGCCGAGUUCCCCGAAUAUCAAUUCGAGCCUGGCUUCUCAGAAGAUGACUUGUUGUAUGACACGAAGACACGAGAGUCCGAUGAAGACCGGAAUAGGCGGCUACAGACUUUGCUGAAUGAUAUCUUCGGCAAUGACAAGAAUAUCUUCCUCUCGCUGACAGCGCAUUCAGGUGCUAUUACUAGUAUCUUGGAGGUGGUUGGGCAUCGGAAGUUUCCACUACAGACCGGCGCGGUGAUACCGGUUCUCGUUAGGGCGGAAAAGAAACAAUCAUCCUCUGCAUCGAAAAGUGAGGUAGGGCCUCAGAUUAAGGCGUUUGUGGAGAAAGCUCGUAGAGACGUGGAGUUUAAGAGGCUGAUGGAGGCUGUGGGAUCAGACCGGGCGUCAACCGAAGAAAGGGCUGCUUUCCAGAAGCAUGUUGAUGAUGCUGCGGAUAAAGAUGCUUAA